AUGGCCGUUUGGCUCCCGAAUGCCCUGCGCAAUGCCCUCUUCGAUGCCGCCUCGCGAGCGCUGUCGACGCCGGCCGCUGCCGGGCUGACCAUCGGGUCGAUUGGUCCGCUGGUCGGGCCUGCCCCGGGGGCCCGAACGGUCAUCGAGCCCUCGGCCAAGACCGUGGUCAUCCUGGAUGCGCCCAACUACAUCAAGGGCUUCCGGUAUCAGCUGUAUUGCGCCGCACGCGGCGCGGCCCUGCAGCACUGCUUGAUCGAGUGCCAGGAGCCUCGCGAGGGUGCAACCGUCUGGAACCUCCGGCGCCGGGAGCGCGGUGAGCCGGCCUACGAUGACAAGACUUUCGAUGAGCUGCACAUGCGCUUCGAGCCGCCGAAUGGCGCCCAGCGCUGGGAUUCACCUCUGUUCGUCGUCGCCAGCGCCGACCCUGGGCCGGCCGGCUGCCCGGACCCGGCUGUCAUGGCGGGCGAUCUUGCGGCCGGUGCCGCGAAAGAGAUCGACAUCGACGCACUUGCCGCGAGCCAGGCACUUCCGUGGUUUGCGGCGGUCGAGCGCGAGGUCCUGCCCGGGGUGUACCGGGCGCCGGCGAGCGCCCCGGUCGGGGGGCCUCCCUUGACGGAUGCCUCCUCGAGCGGGCCGGUUCGGCCGCAUGCGAGCACGCGCUCAGUGGUGGCCACAGCCAUGGCCGAUCGGCCGCACAUCCGGGACCGUGCCACGCAGCACGUUGUGGCGGUCUUCCACCGGGCACUUCUGGAGGCGGCCGGGCCAGGCGCCGGGCCCGGCGCCGGGAUGGUCCCCACUUGGGGGACCACCCUGCCCGUGGAGUUCCCCCUGCGUGUGGUGGUGCCUGCCCUGGCUGCUGCGGCGACGACGGGAUCCGGAUCUGGCUCCGGCGGCCCGGGCGCAGGGGGCCCACGUAAGUUCGGUGCUCCGCGCAAGUUCGGCGCCCCGGCGGCCGCCGCCACGACCGCCGCUGGAAGCCCCGCCCCCGGCCCGGCCGCCGCUCCCGCCCCAAGUAGCCCCCCCUUCGCGGUGGAUGUGCCGCGGGAGUUUGCUCUUCAGGAGCUACACGCCUUGCGCCGGCGCUUCCUCCAGCUGCGCGCCCAGUGCGAAACGUCGCCCUUGACCACGACCACCGCGGCGGCGGCGGCAGCAGCGGCCGGCACCCAGGCGCCCGGCCUGGCAUCGGCCAGCUCGGCCACGGCGGCGGCCAGUCGCGGAGGCGCCGGGACGCAUGUCAUCGAGCUGGAUGUGGCGGCGGCGGCCGCCUGCUCGGCCCUGCUUGAUGAGGACAGCACGCCAUCGGUGGCCCGGGCGUUUGCCUCCUUCCUGGUGGAGUGGCUGAGCCUUCACCCGAGCCAGGCACCUAGUGCCUAG